AGGACUAAAAUGUAAUUCCCCAUCACACCUCAAAUAUAAAAUCAAAACGGAGCAUCGGCGACGACACCGUUUUUUGCGCUUCAAAACCACUAACGCAUACACUCUCCCUACGAACAAACUCACCAUUUCAUAGUUGAGCUAGGGCACGCUUCUCUCUCUGCGGCCUCUUUUCUCCCUCGCCGCCGCUACAAUAAAGGUUUUUGGUUUAUUAUUGUUUGAAGAUGGCUGACGGUCAUGAGACUGAUAAGAACAUUGAGGUGUGGAAAAUCAAGAAAUUGAUCAAAGCUCUUGAGGCUGCUAGAGGAAACGGGACAAGUAUGAUUUCACUUAUCAUGCCCCCGCGAGAUCAAAUAUCUCGUGUCACUAAGAUGCUUGGUGACGAGUUUGGAACUGCUUCAAACAUCAAAAGCAGGGUGAACCGACAGUCAGUUCUAGGUGCUAUAACUUCUGCUCAACAGAGGCUUAAGCUCUAUAACAAGGUUCCUCCAAAUGGGCUCGUGUUGUAUACUGGCACAAUUGUGACUGAAGAUGGGAAGGAAAAGAAGGUCACUAUUGAUUUUGAGCCUUUCAGACCUAUUAAUGCAUCUCUUUAUCUCUGUGACAAUAAGUUUCACACUGAAGCUUUGAAUGAGCUCCUGGAGUCGGAUGACAAGUUUGGAUUUAUUGUCAUGGAUGGUAAUGGUACUUUGUUUGGGACAUUGAGUGGUAACACAAGAGAGGUGCUUCAUAAAUUCAGUGUGGAUCUCCCAAAGAAACAUGGAAGAGGAGGGCAAUCAGCUUUGCGUUUUGCCCGUCUUCGCAUGGAGAAGCGUCAUAACUAUGUCAGGAAGACAGCAGAGCUUGCUACCCAGUUCUAUAUCAAUCCUACCACCAGUCAACCCAAUGUUUCUGGAUUAAUACUGGCUGGUUCUGCUGAUUUCAAAACUGAGCUUAGUCAGUCAGACAUGUUUGAUCCUCGACUUCAGGCAAAAAUACUUAAUGUUGUUGAUGUUUCAUAUGGAGGAGAAAAUGGUUUUAAUCAGGCUAUUGAGUUGUCUGCUGAAAUUCUUUCCAAUGUAAAGUUUAUCCAGGAGAAACGAUUGAUUGGAAAAUACUUUGAGGAAAUCAGCCAGGAUACGGGAAAGUAUGUUUUUGGGGUUGAUGAUACCCUGAAAGCGUUGGAGAUGGGUGCUGUUGAGACACUUAUUGUCUGGGAAAAUCUGGAUAUGAACAGGUAUACCUUGAAAAAUGGUGCUACCGGAGAGAUUGUCAUUAAGCACUAUAACAAGGAACAAGAGGCCAACCAAAGCAAUUUUCGGGAUCCUGAAAGCUCUUCUGAUUUUGAGGUUCAGGAGAAGUUGUCUCUUUUGGAGUGGUUUGCAAAUGAAUACAAACGGUUUGGUUGCACUCUUGAAUUUGUCACCAAUAAAUCUCAAGAAGGUUCACAGUUUUGCAGAGGUUUUGGUGGGAUAGGUGGAAUCUUGCGUUACCAGCUUGAUAUGCGAACAUUUGAUGAUUUCUCUGAUGAUGGAGGCGUCUAUGACUCUGAAUAGCAAUCAAUGAAAUACUUCCUACCGCUGGUGCAGGGAAGGGGAGCCAAAAUACCUGCACCAGUGUUGGAGGUGGUUGCACUCGCUGCUGCACCUCCUUCAUAUCUGUCCGUGGUGUUGCUUGGAAUGUUUGAUUGUGAAUCAAGAUGCUUUGCCUCUGAAGUGCCUCUUUCUGAUACGAGUUACUUUCUUGUUCUCCUAUCUUGCACACUCUAGCUCCACAAAUUUCUACAAAGCUUCUGGCAACACCUGCUCCCAAGCUCUCUACUGCUUGCCCCCAGAAAAGCCAGAACAAAAAUAUGUUCCUCAGAGAAACACUGUCUGGAAUCAAAGAAGGUGAACCCAGAUGCUUCGCUGAACGCAGUGUUCUGAAGGAUGCCCAGCAUAUAGGGCACCCGGAGUGCUCGAGUCUGUGACCAUACCUUUCAUGCAUUAUGAUCUAUCUUUCAAAACUUUACCCUGUUGAACUGAUGUUAGUUUUGUUUUCCCGGUACUUGAAACAUGUGAUUCUAGUAUGACUUGUAUUUAUUUAUGGUACUACUUAAUGGUAUGGUGAUGUGUUUUUUAU